ACUGCGGACACGUACAGGAGAUGACCAGAGACUGCGGACACAGUACAGGAGAUGACCAGAGACUGCGGACACAGUACAGGAGAUGGCCAGAGACUGCGGACACAAUACAGGAGAUGUCCAGAGACUGCGGACAUAGUACAGGAGAUGACCAGAGACUGCGGACACAGUACAGGAGAUGACCAGAGACUGCGGACAUAGUACAGGAGAUGACCAGAGACUGCGGACACAGUACAGGAGAUGACCAGAGACUGCGGACACAGUACAGGAGAUGACCAGAGACUGCGGACACAGUACAGAUGACAGAGACUGCGGACACAGUACAGGAGAUGGCCAGAGACUGCGGACA